GAGGCCGCCGCCGCCACUGGAGGAGCGGAUCUACAGCCCUGAGACCUCCCGGCGUCCAGCUCCUCCGGCCCUUGCCCUUUGACCCUGCUCCCACGGCGGGGUGAGAGGUCGGUGGCCAUCUUGUGGCGGCGGCGCCGGCGGCUGUUACUGCGGAGACCCAUCCCCCUCCCCCUUGCUCGCCUGGCUGCCUGUCAGUGAGUCAAGAGUCUCGCGGGCGGUCUGGUGAGGCCCCGGCCUCCUGCCGUCGCUCUUCCCGCCGCACUGGGCGGCCCAGGCCGCUCCCUGCCGGGCCUCGCCGCCGCCACCAUGUCCUCCUUCUCGGAAUCCGCGUUGGAGAAGAAGCUCUCGGAGCUGAGCAACUCGCAGCAGAGCGUGCAGACCCUGUCUCUGUGGCUCAUCCACCACCGCAAGCACGCGGGACCCAUCGUCUCGGUGUGGCACCGCGAGCUGCGCAAAGCCAAAUCAAAUAGAAAGCUUACUUUUCUAUAUUUAGCAAAUGAUGUCAUCCAAAACAGUAAAAGGAAAGGACCUGAAUUCACUAGAGAAUUUGAAUCUGUCCUUGUGGAUGCUUUUUCUCAUGUUGCCAGAGAGGCAGAUGAAGGCUGUAAAAAACCUUUAGAAAGAUUGCUGAACAUCUGGCAAGAAAGAAGUGUGUAUGGCGGCGAGUUCAUACAGCAGCUGAAGCUGUCUAUGGAGGACUCCAAGAGCCCUCCCCCCAAAGCAACAGAGGAGAAGAAAUCUCUGAAGCGAACUUUUCAACAGAUACAAGAGGAGGAGGAUGAUGACUACCCUGGAAGCUACUCUCCCCAAGAUCCUUCUGCAGGACCCCUCUUGACUGAGGAACUAAUCAAAGCUUUGCAGGACCUGGAAAAUGCUGCAUCAGGGGAUGCUACUGUCCGACAGAAAAUUGCUUCUUUGCCCCAGGAAGUGCAAGAUGUUUCUCUGUUGGAAAAAAUAACAGACAAAGAGGCAGCUGAACGUCUUUCAAAAACAGUAGAUGAAGCAUGUCUGUUACUAGCAGAAUAUAACGGGCGCCUGGCGGCGGAACUGGAAGACCGGCGCCAGCUGGCUCGGAUGUUGGUGGAGUACACCCAGAACCAGAAAGAUGUUUUGUCAGAAAAGGAGAAAAAACUAGAAGAAUAUAAACAGAAGCUUGCUCGGGUAACCCAGGUCCGCAAGGAACUGAAGUCCCAUAUUCAGAGUUUGCCAGACCUCUCAUUGCUGCCCAAUGUCACAGGGGGCUUGGCCCCCCUGCCCUCUGCUGGUGACCUCUUUUCUACUGACUAGGGCAGGUGCCAUGCCCCAGAUUCCCAUCUCUACCAGCAGAAAGAAGAGGGCAAGUCAUGGUUGGAAAUAACCUUGUAGCCCCUGGUUCUAUCCCUCCUUCCGCCUGGCCCCCAGCCUCCAGAAAGAACCACAACUCUGGUUCUCCUCUCCAGCCUCUCCUGUUGAGCACAAUUCAGAACAGUGGUGAGUGGAAUCCAGUUUAGAUUGAUAUUUGGAAAGAAUACAAACUCUCCCACUUUGUGUUUUUAUGCCCCUGUUAGUUUUCCAUUCUUAGCUCUCACUUUAUACUGAAGAAGUUAUGAAAAUCAUGUGUACUUCUGGAAGCUUUCAGAAGAAUCUUGUCCUUGAUGAUAGCAUUGUGUCAUGAAAGCAGCUUCGGUCUGAGCUGGGCUCGUUCAAGUUCAGUACAGGCUUCCACUGAGGAAUUCAACCUGGAGUCAUUGGCUUUCCUGACUCUGUCAACCCCAAAGGGAGGCACAACUGUCGAGCAGCUUUGCCAUAAGGAGUUUGCUAAAUCUCUGAUUCUCCCCUACUAUUACUUCUGGCGAUGUAUAGUCAAUGGUUGGGUGCAUUUGUUUUGUAAGCAGACUAGAGAAUCUAGCAAGAAGAUUAGGAGCUGAUCUGGGACAUAAAAUCAUAGUUCAGAGACAGAGUGACAGGAAUUACAAGGAUGAGUUUAAAAUAAGUACUUUGCUUCAGGUUCCUACAAACAGGCUGCCCUUUUCAAGGAUCUACCCAGCGUCAUAGAACUCCUUCCUAAAACAGCCUUCUGACCCCAGUUGACUGUGAAGGUGCUUGUUAGCAAUGGCAGUGGUGGGCCGGAAAGCUAAAGGCAUGCUGAGAGCCUGGGUUCUGUGUGGGUGCUGCUUUGACCCUUUCUUUUGGGGAGUAGGGCACACACUAACAAUUCACUGUGUGGGCAUAUAUCCUCAGGAUGGUGACUGCACUUGCUUAUCUCCCUUGCAAAUAUGACACCGUACAUGCUCAUCUGUCCGUCAGCCACAUCAUUGCACGUGUCCCUGUGCCCAGGAGUACUUUGUGUCAGAUGUUACUGAAUAGCUCAUCUUGGGCAGGGGAAGGGGGAAAGUUUGGGAUAUUAAUUUUGGGUUUUAAUUCUAUUAUCAUGCCAUCUGACAUUACUUGCUUUUUAGUAAAGAUUAGGCCUGUUAACUAUAAAUCAUUCUGUUUUGGCAGGCUUAUUUUAGACAUUGGAAAGGGCAGAAAACAAUUUGCCCCAAUAGUGUAAUAGGAAUUAUAGCCCAGAGGUUGAAAUCCCAAAGCUAUAAAAUGGGAUCCAGUGGAGGGGGUUUCAGAUUCUCCAUUAUUCUGAGGAUUACCAAAAAGCCAAUUACAUGUAAUUUUACAUGUUAAAAUAUAACCUAUGUUUUUAAAGUAUAGCAGGUUUUUCUUAAAGGAGCCCUCCUGCCUGCCAAAAGUGAAAACAGUGAAAAGUCAUAGCAGGCUUUCAGUUUAACUCUGUGUAGAACCUAGUAGCAUUUAAGCUAUUUUCAGAUUAGAAUAUGGACUGUGUUGAACACUGCCUGUUGUCCUGUCAAGAUUAAAUAAUGAGUCUAUAUAUAAAAUUUUCUCCCAGAGGCCGUAGGGCAGUGGGUGACUUUACUAAAAUUGCAAGGUGAAUUCGAGUCUUUGCUCUUUCUGCACAUAUGCCUCUCCCCAUGUGGUGUGCUGCUUUAGUUCUACCUAAGAGCAUGUUUCUGAACAGAUCCUUGGACAUUCUGUAUGUUUUCAUCAAGGAAGGAAAAUUUUACUAGCCACAAAUCAACCCAGAAAAAGGGUAUGGUAGAUAUUUGCUCUGAUCAGCUAGAUGAAAUGUUAUAACAGAAUGAAUCUUGCCCACUGUGAUGUUUUAUCUGAUUGCAUCUAACCAGCCAUUGGUGCAUAAUUAUUGCAGCAAGAGCAAGAAAUGAAACUAGCAAUUAUGUAAAUGAAUAUGAUGGCCUCUUAACACCUGUUACUACUAGUGGACUUCCUGUGAGGAAGUUAGUUUUGGUAUUUUUUGUUGUUGUUUUAAUGAAAUGCUUUUGUUUUUUUUAAAUCUAAUUCUCCCAUAUCCUCCCCAAGUGUGCUUUACUUCAUUUGUUUAAUUUAAGGAUCUGGCAGGGUGGGGUGGGUAGUUUGUGUUUUGUGUUUUUUCUUCUUUACUUAGGGCAUCCAUAGACCUUAAAGGACCUUUCCUUUAGGUCAUAUUCCUCAGAAAGUUUUUGUUCUCCCCCCCCCCCUUUUUUCUUAAAGAAUAUUUUUAAAGCUUAAAUUUGUAUAUUAAUUUAGGACUUUAUUUAGAAGUAUAGGCUGUCUUUGGUGGCAGCAGUAUAUUCUGAAAUGUCUCAUAGAUAUAUAUUUUUGAAUAAAGAUGGUGUUGUUGAAUGACA